AUCAGUUCGUCAACAUGUCAUACAAGACUAACACAAAAUUCAUGACAAGAAAUGACUACUAUUUUGUGAAGCACACACUCACCCAGACACCUGACAGAAUUGAGACGACCAAGGGUGAGAGGGAGAGCCUGGAGUCCCUGCCUGACCCCACCACAAACAUUCAUGGGGACUUCUACUGGGACACAGACUCAAAGGAACUCACAUACAUGGUGUCGCACAGUAAAAAGACUACAAAAAGGCAUGGCAACAUGGUCUUUGAUGACCGAGUUCCUGGUCAAUCAAGGCAGAUCAGUUUCAGUGUGUAUAACACAAAGGAUGUUCUGCGCCUGACCCUAGACCAGUCCCCACAACACAUCCAGACGCACCUUUCCGCUGGUCUGAUGUGGAGACGUGGAAGCAUAUGCCAGUCAGUACUGGUGGCCACCCAACAGAGGCAGAAUACAGCCUGCCCGUGGAGGGAGAUGAGAUUGUGAUUCCUGAGAGCAUGUGACUAGUUGUGGACACGGCCACACCCAAGCUUGGCCGUGUCUUUGUGUAUGGCACCAUUGAGUUUGAUGACACGAUGGACCACAGAUUUGAGGCCACCAUUAUUUACAUCCAGGGAGGCUCUUUAGUGGCUGGCUACUCCUCAGACACUCCCUUCACCCACAGUCUCAUCAUUCACCUGAUGGACCCUGAAGAUGUUGAUGCCUAUAGCAUGAACCUGGGCUGGAAAACUAUAGGUGUGUUUGGCUAUCUCAGGCUGCAUGGGCAGGUGUGGGGGAGAUCAUGGCACAAGCUUGGGGCCACAGUGGAGGUUGGGACCAGCCACAUAACUCUGGCCGAGGAUCCUGAUGCUUCCUGGCUCAAUAAAGAGGUGGGUGUGACAACAACAGGAAAAGAGGCAACAGAGAGCGAAGUGAGGCGAGUGGUAGCAAUCAAUGGUGCCACACUCACCCUAGACUCAGCACUCAAAUUCCAGCACCUUGGGGAGAUACACACGCUGUCAGACGGCACUUCCAUCACACUGGCUGGGGAGGUCAGUCUCCUGAGCCGGAACAUUGCGGUGGAAGGAACCACGGAGAACAGCAACGGGGGAAGAAUUCUGGUCUCCACAGUCUUCCAGAAUGGCAAGCAUUAUGUUGGUUCGGCCCAAGUGGAUGGCGUGGAGUUCCGUAACAUGGGGCAGGAAGGCUUCACCGACAUCACUGACCCACGCUACUCCAUUGCCUUCCUGGGCCUUGAUGCCAUUGGUGACCAUUCUAGCUACGUCAAGAGGUCAUCAUUCAAUGUCAACUAUAAUGUGGCUGUUGGGCUCAUCAAGACCUUGAACAUGGUAGUGGAGGAGAACGUUAUCUAUCAUGUGCUGGAUUCAGGCAUAAGAGACGAGACAGGUUCCAACACCUACAGGUGGAACCUCAUCACAACUGUGUUCUUCCUGGGGACUUAUGAAGACAGACAGGAAACAGAGAACUUGAAUUGGAGUGGUGCCUUUCAGCUGGACAAUGCACCCAACACUGUACUGACUGGCAAUGUUGUUGCUGGUGCAGAACAGGCUGGCUACAAGACCCUUGGAGAGCUGUGCAAGGACACAACUCGGUGGAUGGGGAAUGAAGUGCACAAUGCAAUUUAUGGAAUCAUGAUGAGAGACGGAGACUGAGAGCUAUGGAAGAAGGGAGGCACGGGGCCACUGACAGACUGCUGCAGACUCAACAACUUCUACAUCUGGAGAAUCUCAGACACAGGCUUCUAUGUCCAGCACUAUGCCAGCUCCCUCAUCACCAAUGUUGUCUCUGUGGACAGUCCCCUGGGA